AAGCCAAUGCCGGUGGGCUACCUAGAAGUUUGUAAACAUAUUAAUAAAACCAUGUUGUAUUUUAUUGGGUUAGGUUUAGGGGAUGCUAAAGACAUCACGGUCAAAGGUUUGGAAGUUAUCAAAAACGCAGAAAGAGUUUACUUAGAAGCAUACACAUCCAUUCUGACCGUUGGGAAAGAAGCUCUGGAGGAUUACUAUGGAAAAAACAUUAUUUUGGCUGAUCGGGACAUGGUUGAGCUAAGUUCGGAUGAGCUUAUGGCUGGAGCUGAUGAAGUAGAUGUUGCUUUCUUGGUAGUUGGAGACCCCUUAGGGGCAACAACUCACACAGACUUGAUCCUUCGUGCUGUAGAGAAAAAUAUUCCUUAUAGAAUUAUACAUAAUGCAUCAAUUAUGAAUGCAAUUGGAUGCUGUGGGUUACAGCUUUACAAUUAUGGUGAAACAGUUUCUAUUGUUUUCUGGACUGAUGAUUGGCAACCAGAGAGUUUCUAUGAUAAAAUUAUAUCCAACAGAGAAAGAGGGAUGCACACUUUAUGUCUUCUUGAUAUAAAAAUGAAAGAACAAACUAUCGAAAACCUCAUGAAAGGCCGACCUAUAUUUGAACCACCUCGUUUUCUAAGUGCAUCUCAGGCCUGUCAGCAACUAAUAAAAAUUAUUGAAAGAAGGGACGAGGAAAAGAAAACAAAAGCUGAUUUGAAUACUGAUUCCAUUUGCAUAGCUGUGGCUAGAGUUGGGGCAGAGGACCAGAAAAUUGCGACUGCGACCUUAAAAGAAAUGUCCUCCUAUGACCUAGGAUCACCUUUACAUUCUCUUGUCAUUCCCGGUCAUAUGCAUCCCUUAGAAAAGCAGAUGUUAGAACUAUUUGCUGUUAGUGAUCAUGUCAAGACUUGUUUGCAGAAAGAUGAAAUAUAGCAUUACAUGUUAAAUAUAUUAAAUGUAUUGUUUGUUUCAAUGUAUUGAAGAAAGUUUGAGUAAUUUGAAAGUAUGGUAAUUUUAAAGUCAUCCCACUCAUUUAGUUUCCAGGUCAAUAAUGAUCAGACUACCAUUAAACAUUUUAUUUUAUAAUCACAAAUUAGAAAACACUUUUUUAAAUUCUCAUUUGAUUUUGCUACUUGUAAAAGUGUGUAUUGUAAGAGGG